GUUUCGCUUCGCUAUAUUUUAUUUAACGCGUUUCGAAGCUUUUUCGUAUUUUUGUAAUGAUGCUUUCACUUUAUUUAUGAAUUAUGUGCAUAUAAUAAAUAAACAUUUCAUGUAAAUCAUAUCGCUCUAAAAUAAGGCAUACCUAUAAUGUCUUCCUCCUCUGCAAUGGAAGUGAAAAGCGGCGAUGAGUCUGAUGCUCAUCCAAGUACUCACGGGGAGUCACUAAAAAGUGGUGAUUUAUCUGAUAAAAAUUAUAAAGCCAAUAAAAAUUCGAGUGACCAGCAAGGGUCCUGCUAUUGUGGCAAGGAGAGGAAUCUCAACAUUGUUGAGUUGUUAUGCGCGUCAUGUCACCGUUGGUUCCACGAGUCCUGCAUUGGAUACCAGUUGGGCAAGCUUGUUCCUUUUAUGACCAACUACUUGUUCAUAUGUAAAAACUGCUCUCCAACCGGCUUGGAGACUUUCAAGAAAAAUCAAGCACCGUUUCCGCAAAUGUGUCUAACUGCAAUAGCAAAUUUGCAACAUGAGAGUUCAAAGGAUGGUGGCAACAAGCUGCUGUUCAGUAAAGACAGAGAGAUCAUUCCAUACAUUGACCAGUACUGGGAGGCAAUGACUACCAUGCCAAGAAGGGUGACCCAAUCCUGGUAUGCGACUGUGCAGCGAGCUCUGAUCAAGGACAUUCAGGUGCUGUUUAUUUAUGAAGAGGAUGCUCUGCUUGGGCCUGUGUUUGGAUUGUACAACGUAGACUUGACGGCCAUCAAGCCAAACUACGAAGCAAUGAUUAAGCAGGGGCAACUCAAAGUUACCGACAUGGGGAUUGCUACAAUACCACUAGGCGGCAACGUGAAGGGGCGGCAAGGCAAGCGGCGCCCCGCCGUGGGGCCCGAGGCCGGCGCCCCCCAGGGCAAGAAGGGGCGCUCGGCGGACCUCAAUGCGCUGAAGCUGCCCUCCCACGGGUACCCUACUGAGCACCCGUUCAAUAAGGACGGGUAUAGGUACAUCUUGGCUGAGCCUGACCCGCACGCGCCGUUUCGACAGGUGUCGAUCCUGCCCGCACUAACCCACUCCCGUUCCUACCGCCACCACCGCUUCACCCGCCACGCUGCCACUGUCCUUGAGAACAAUAUACCGGAGUUCGACGAGAGCAACGAGCUAUCCGGCAAGCCGAUCCCGGGCUGGCUGUACCGCGCGCUGCGGCCGGGCGGCGUGCUGCUCGCGCUGCACGACCGCGCGCCGCAGCUGCGCGUGGCCGAGGACCGGCUGGCCGCCACCGGCGACCGCGGCUACUGCAUGCUGCGCGCCACACACGGUGUGCAGCGAGGCGCGUGGUACUGGGAGGCGAGCGUGGAGGAGCUGCCCGAGGGCGCGGCGGCGCGGCUGGGCUGGGGCCGGCGCUACGCCAACCUGCAGGCGCCGCUCGGCUACGACAAGUUCGGCUACUCGUGGCGCAGCCGGAAGGGCACGCGUUUCCACGAGUCGCGCGGCAAGCACUACAGCGCGGGCUACGGCGAGGGUGACACGCUCGGCUUCCUGAUCGUGCUGCCCGCCGCCGCCGCCGCCGCCGCCUACUUGCCCAACACUUACAAGGACCGGCCGCUGGUGAAGUUCAAAAGCCACCUGUACUAUGAAGACAAAGACAACAUCCAAGAAUCUCUGAACAAUCUGAAGCCGCUGCCGGGCAGCAAGAUAUACUUCUUCAAGAACGGGGAGUGCCAGGGAGAGGCCUUCGCGGACAUAUACGAGGGCUGCUACUACCCGUCCGUGUCGCUGCACAAGAACAUCACAGUCAGCGUCAACUUCGGACCGAACUUCAAGUGUCCUCCGUUGGGAGAUUACACGUUUAGACCUAUGUCGGAAAAGGCAGAAGAAGCCAUCUGUGAGCAGACGAUGGCCGAUCUGUUGUAUUUGACGGAGAAUGAGGGCAAGCUACGGCUGGACAACUUCAAUCUCUGAUGGUGUGACUAACACCAUUGAAGUGAUGGUGUUAAAAACUUUAUGUACCAUAUUGGCUAUACGCAUUACGAAUGUUACUAUUAACAUAAGUGAUGUUGGACAGUACUAUAACUCUGUUUCUCAUGCUAUCAGCCAGUAUUGAUCAAUCGACUAUUCCUAAGAGAUGUUGUAAUAAUUUAUUCUCAAUACAAGAUCUCUGUGAAUCUGUAUACCUUUAAGUAUAAUCUUCAUUAACAUCAUAAGUAUUGUGAGUUAUUAUAUAAUUUUGUGAAUGUUAUCAAAAUUAAAUUACUACAUUUUACAAUAA